AUGCCCGCGCUCUCCAGGACCUCGCUGGCCUCGAUCGUGUGCCCCUCGGCCCCGUUCCUCGCCCCGCGCCUGCUCCGCACCUGUGCGCCCCUCGCAGCGCUCUCGCUGCAGCCAUGGGCCCUCCCCACGCCCAGUAGUCGACGGUACAUGUCGGACAAGAAGCCCUCGCAGAAGCUGCAGUACAGGAAGCGGCAAGGACUGCAGCAGCUGCACCACGGCCAUGUCGCGUUGCUGCAGCAGUUCCGCAAGGCCAUCAACGACGACAACCUGCGUUCGCUCAUGGACCUGUACCCUAGUGUCCUCUCAACGGGCUACCUGACCCGUGAUGACACGCGCCGCAUUGCCAAGACGCUGCACGCAUUGUUGCGCACCCGGGAACUCCCCGACGACACCAAACCCCACCUGCUGUCCUUCCUCCAGCAGUUCGUCAAAGACCUCCAGAAGGGAGCCCUGCCCGUGCAUCCGAUUGCCUUCGUGCACAUCCUGGGCAUAUACAAAGAACGCAAACUGUUCAACGAGGGAUACCAACUCUGGCAGUGGGUCGUUCAGCAGGACGACAACCAUGUGACGCAAGCCGUCUAUGGCGCAGCUAUCGAGCUGAUGGCCUAUGGCAAGAAGCUCCGUCUGCCUGAGCUCGAGAACCUCUACCUCGACGCUCUCAAGCGCUUCCCGGGCACCUUCGCCGAGUACCACCUCUCUCCGGACGCCAUCGUGCCCAACCGUGCCCAGCCCAUUGCCAUCGCCAACGUCCCAGUCACGCUUCUCCAGGGCAUUCUGACAGCCCGCAUCCUGCACAACGAUUGGAAGCAAUCGUACCUUGCGCUGGACACUGCCCUGCGCCUGUAUCCUUGCCAGCUGCCCUCACGCUUUUUCGAAGUCUUCAUGGAAAGCAGGCAACUACCAGAAGCCUACACUGUCUUUCUGGUCGCUUGUCGUGCGGGUGUUGUAACAAGACCCAGCCAGAUCACGAGUAUACUGUCGAGAAUCAGGUCCAGCAUGGUUCGGUGUGAUAGUCUGCGGGAUCGCAUCGUGCUCCUUCGCGCCAUGGCCAAUGCUCUGUACGCCAACCUCGAGGCUGGCGGCAACCUGGAACCAAUACAUGUGGGUCAGUUUCUAACAUCGUUUGCCUCUUUACUUCCAGAGCCUGCACCUGGAAGCGACUACCAAGGAGACAUGGCAUCGCUUCGUAACCGCGUCAUCACCGAGGCCCACCAAAUGCUAUCGACACUUCUUCAGGCCGGGAUGCCUCCUUCUCCGCAAGCCUUCCUUGCCCUCGUAACCCUCGCUGGAAAGUUGCGGGUGCCGGAUCUCCUGCGUGUCGCACUGCAGGACGCCGAGACAGCUCGCAUCGAUUUGGGCGAAAUUGGUAUACGCACCGUUUUGGCCUCGGCAGCUCGGGUUGGCGCAACAGCACUCAUCGAAGAGUAUUGGACACGGAUUGUGCACAAGGCAGCUUCGGAUGGCAAACAGAUCGGUUGGAAGGACUGGAAGUGUUUUGCCCAGGCAUGCAAGAGAGCAGGUCAUCGCGAUUACUUCGACGCGCAGCUGCGAGAUCAAGAACACACCAUAUCCGCAUCGUCCAGGGAGUCAAUCAUGACCGUGCUUGAGGAGGAAGAGAACCUUCACGAUCGAGAGAUUGAUAUCUCGCGUCCAGAAGUGUUCAAAGGCGAGCUUGCUGGGCUCAACCAGCAGAUCAGGAACAUAGCGGCGGUCGUCAUGUCUGGCCAACGCUUGGAUUUGAAGCAAACACCAUUCUACAUGUUCCUGGACCCGGAAAGAUCGCCUCUAGCCAAGCGAGAGCACUUACGGGAGAUCUAUGAUGAGUUUACCAUAGAUCCACAUCAGCCGCCUCUGGAAGAAGGUUUACUGCCCACCGCGUUAAGUUCCACUGGAAUCCCCUACGACGAACUCCGCUUUGAGAAUUGGGUGUCUAUUGUGAACCUGAUGGACCAAGCCCACAGCUUGGAAUUUGAGCGGCAAAACAAGGUCCAACUACUUGGGGAAGACGUCGCUCGCCGUGAAAGGAAGAACCCUCUCGAAACGGAACGAUCCGACAAACAACUCUCCCCCAACGUCCUCAGAGAGCACAUCAAGAGUCUGCGAGACCCAUCGGUACGCCCGCUCCCGAUCAACAACAACCGAAAGCUUAUUCCCUCUAGUCAUUCCAACCUCAGAAAAGUCCUCUCUAAAACCUCCUCCGCCAAUGCAGACCAGCCCAAGCCCCUGAACAUCACAAAACACACCGACGGCUCCUUCACCUUCCGCUCGCUCGAACUCUCUCCCGACGCCGCCUCCCCACCUCUCUCGCAGACAAAGUCCCCCCGCCCCCUCCACGAGGGCAACCAUAACGAGCUCCAGCUCCUGUACCACUACCGCGGCGGCAACGCCGUGCCCGCCCGGUCCGACGGUGCAUUUCCUCCACCGAAAAGUAUACUCCCCGACCGCAAGAUGAGCCGCACAAUCACACAGCCGAGUCUUACGUACUAUGCGGGUAUCAAAAGCAAUCAUGAGGCGCCUGCGCCGAGGCUGAGUCGGCGUCCGCUCGGCCGAAGAGAAAAGGAAGGAUGA